GGCAAAGCUACUGGUAGGAACCGAAUGGUGAAUGCAUCAAAGAUAAAGAAGAAAAAGAAAAAACGAGAAACAAUCAAGAGAGGAGGGGGGUCAUGGUUUCAUUGACAAUGAGGCCAUGCUGUCUGGCAGUGAAGCAUCAUCAGAUGAGGAGUGGGACAGCAACGAUGAGUGUCUGGAGGCCAGCUUUGUCAACGAUGACACUCAGAUGUCUCAAGAUCAUGUUGAUAUACAUGCUGUCUACCUGAAGUCUGUGCGAAGCCCAAUUCAACGCGACCGAUUCCGUCUACAAGCACAUCACUAUGAGAAGGAUGUUUUCUCCCAGGUCCCUGAGCAUGAAGACAAUGAGUACGAGGAAGACAGCUUCUGUGUGGGGGAUGACUUUCAGGAAUCAGAGUACAUUGAUGAGGAGGAACAUGAUUUGUUGGAUGACUUUGAAGAAUUUUCACAUUAUUCAAAAAGAAAAGGUGCAAAACAUUCGAAAUCCCAAAAAUCUAAGCAUAUUGUUGGAAGAUCCAGAAAAAGGAUACGUCAGAUAUCUGGGUCAUCCAGUGAAGAGGAAACUAGAAUAGCCACCUCUUUGCUUGAGAACACACAGGCUGACAACCAUGACUCUCACUUGCUAUGCAGUCAGAAAAAUGAACCUAUUCGAAAGAAGAUUGCAGCCAUUUUGUCCAGCAGUGAGGAGGAACUAACUCCAAAAUGUGUAUCAAAGCCAUCACAUCAUGCACCUCACACAACCAGCUUUGAGCAAUCAGAUAUGAACACUUCUUCACAACAGAAGUCUGUGGAAGUGUUGGAUGCUGACAAGAUGCGCCAGGAACGUCUUGCCAAGCAAAAACAGAAGCAAGAGGAAUUCCGUACAAGGAUGUCCAAGAAGAAUGGAGCUGCCAGCGUUAGCAGCAGUUAUAACGAUAGGCUUGAGCCCCAGACAGCAGGUGCUCCUAUCUCUGACUCAACAGUGUCAAGGAGGUCAUUAGACAGUAGUCAAACUACAGAGAAGAGGUCCAAGUUUGAAUGUGAAGACUAUGACUUUGCUUCUGACAAACUGAGUUCAGUUAUUCCAAAGCCACUGCCAACUAACUGUGGUUUAAAGGACAAGAUAGUGAUACUAGUUGAUUCAAGAGAAAUCAGUGGGGCACAGGACAUAGUGUCUAACUUGAGAUUACAGCACGGAGUGACAGUCCUAGCUCGCCAACUUGGUGCCUGUGACUACAUCAUCAGUAACAGAACAGCUGUUGAUCGCAGGCAGCUCUCAGAUUUCAGUAAUGGGGCCCAGCGUGGAAAGUUGAUAGAUCGUGUCCAGCAGAUGAGGGAGCUGUAUGACAGGUGCUGCCUCAUAGUUGAGAAGGAUAGAGUGAAGCCAGGCGAGGAGAAAUCAGCCAAGCUAAGUCACAGAACAAAGUACAAUGACUGGAUUCAAAGUGUUCUUGUUCAAACGAAUGUUCGUCUUUUCUUCACUGAAAAUCAAGGGGAGACAGCAGCUCUCAUGGCACAACUGGCUCAGUUGGAGAAAAAGAAGGAGAUGAACAUAUCAGUGCCAGUUGAUGUUGGGCAUAUUGAAGAACAGGUACUGAAGUUCUAUACCUCUAUUCCUAAAGUGAGUUAUGCUAAUGCACUGAACCUGUGCUACAACUACAGAAGCAUUUCCAACUUCUUGUCCAGCUACACUCCACAGACUGUGAGUGUUCGAGGGAGGAUGUCAGAGGUACGUGCCGCUGAAGUCUGCCGCUAUGUGGCUCAUACUUUUGAUCUGCAGAUGCUGCCAACAAACAGAUAAAACUAGGAAUCAGGUUCGUGGUACAGCGUAUACAACAGAUCCUACCACAGGAUGAUAUGGGCUGACGUUAUAGUACAACAGAUCCUACCACAGGAUGAUAUGGGCUGACGUUAUGGUACAACAGAUCCUACCACAGGAUGAUAUGGGCUGACGUUAUGGUACAACAGAUCCUACCACAGGAUGAUAUGGGCUGACAUUAUGGUACAACAGAUCCUACCACAGGAUGAUAUGGGCUGACAUUCUGUACAACAGAUCCUACCACAGGAUGAUAUGGGCUGACAUUAUGGUACAACAGAUCCUACCCAUGGAUGAUAUGGGCUGACAUUAUGGUACAACAGAUCCUACCACAGGAUGAUAUGGGCUGACAUUCUGGUACAACAGAUCCUACCACAGGAUGAUAUCGGCUGAUAUUAUGGUACAACAGAUCCUACCACAGGAUGAUAUCGGCUGAUAUUAUGGUACAACAGAUCCUACCACAGGAUGAUAUCGGCUGAUAUUAUGGUACAACAGGUCCUACCACAGGAUGAUAUGAGUAAACAGUAUGGUGUAAUAGAUGCUACCACAGCAUAAAAAGGGCUGAAGUCAGAAUUCAAUUCACUAGAUGAUAAGCAAGGAAGUUGUGGAUGUUUCUUUCUCCUGUAUAAUGCCGUACUCAAUCAUAUGUGAGGGCACCUCGUAAAAGAUCACGUCUAGGCCUGACAUUCCAUUGUUUGUUAUUGUGAGCUAAGAUGAACACUGAAAGGUACAAUAUAUAAUAAUCGAGAUGAUAAAGGACAAUAACUAUUAUUAGGUUUAUCAUACAAUUUAGACUUCCGCAUUUCAUUAGAGCAGAUUUAUCUUGCAGCAAAUAGUGAAAGACCGAGUUGGGAUCAAGCAUUUCUCUGCAGCAUACAUGGACGUCUCACAAGGACUGUCACGGUGCAAUGUCUGUGAUAACCAGGUUGAACACAUGUGAAUUCAUGUGAAUAUAGCAACUGCUAUAAAGAGGUGUUGGAAUGGAUCAUUUGUAUAUAAUUGAUCUAUGACCAAUACAUGUGCAAUAAAUAUUUGGAUAUUA